GCUUGAUUAGCUAUUUGGAGCACUCUGAGAACUUAACCUCAGCUCUUUCUCUGCUUAUCCUGAAGUAAUUGUCACCAAGCACUGCUUAGGAGAGAACUAGGAAACAAACUUAAAGGUUUUUUGCAGGUAGACCCAAAGCAGAACAUCUUCCAUGGCUCUCGCUGUCAGCAUUUUCUUCUCCUUGAUGCUCUCCUGCUGCCUGGGGGCUACAGCAGCCCGGAAUUAUAAGACCAUCAUAACAGUGAAAAAUGGAGGACCAUAUGGAGUUUGGGGUGAAGUUCAAUUGUGCCCUAAGGGUUAUGCUCGUGGAUUUGCACUCAAGGUACAGGCACACCAGGGUAUAUGGCAUGAUGAUACAGCUCUGAAUGGCAUUCGCCUUUACUGCUCUAAUGGCAAAGUCAUUGAGUCAAAAACUGGACGGUGGGGAGAAUGGACAGAGGCUAAGUAUUGUCCCAAAGGCUACAUAUUUGCCUUCACUCUGAGAGUGGACCCACCCCAAGGGCCUGUUGCUGAUGAUACAUCAGCCAGCAAUGUCCGGUUCGCCUGUCCAGGUGGACAAAUUCUGACAGGCAACUCACAUAAAUGGGGUGUUUUUGGCCCAUGGAGUGAUCGCUGCCGCUCUAGCGCCAUAUGUGGGCUUCAGACAAAGGUAGACGAUCAAGGUAGUGCUGAUGACACAGGACUUAAUGAUGUAAAAUUUUUCUGUUGUUCCUGAACCACAAAAGCUCUCCUUACUUAUAAAACAGUGUGUCUGUGCUCGAGUGGGUUUGUUGAGAUGAAACAAACACAAUUAAAAGUUGAAUGAAGA